GAGAGAGAGGACGACAUGCAGCAAAGGACUCAGCCUCAGUACACAGUCUUCGCUCCUCCCACUCCGUCCGACCACGUGACCACCGACGCUCGUCUCCACUUCCUCAAAGCUCGCGGAGAGUCUGUCCGGCCCGCAGACACCCAUUCAAUCACCUCCUCCACCCCCGCUGCAGGAAACGAAACCGAGCUCCGCUUCAGCAGCAGCGGCGGUGUUUGUGCCUUGCAGGUGGCUCGGUGCUGUGGAGGACUAAUGGCAGCCCCGAGGAGCCGAGCAGGAGCGACGGGAACCCGGCAGAGGGGACACCCAGCAGCCCUCGCACUCCUCACGCUGCUCACCUGCUGCGUCAGGUGUGCGGAACCGAGUGCCAAACCGAGCAACGUCAUCCUCAUCCUCGCCGACGACCAGGACGUACAGCUGGGGGGGAUGACCCCGAUGAAGAAAACUAAAGCCUUAAUAGGAGAUGCAGGAGCAACAUUUGUGAAUGCCUUUACAGUCACGCCGCUGUGCUGCCCCAGCAGGAGCAGCAUUUUGACGGGUCAGUACCCCCACAACCACGGGGUGAGGAACAACUCCUUGUCUGGGAACUGCUCCAGCCCUCUGUGGCAGAAAGGCCCAGAGUCCGAGGCCUUCCCCAUCUACCUCAGCAAACAGAAGUACCAGACGUUCUUCGCCGGGAAAUAUCUUAACCAGUACGGUAAGAAAGACGGAGGAGAAGUUGGCUUUGUUCCACCUGGCUGGGACCAGUGGCACGCGCUGGUGGGGAACUCGCAAUACUACAACUACACACUUUCAGUCAACGGCAAAGAAGAAAAGCACGGAGACAGUUAUGAAAAGGACUACCUCACCGACCUCAUAACGAACCGGUCCCUUCACUUCCUGGAUGACAGGAGCCCUCAGCAUCCGUUCUUCCUGAUGCUCUCUCCUCCAGCCCCCCACUCCCCCUGGACGGCAGCACCGCAGUACCAGAAACAGUUCAGCGACGUUAAAGCCCCUCGAGACGGGAGCUUUGACAAACCAGGGAAGGACAAACACUGGCUGCUGCGUCAGCCUAUCAACCCCAUGCCAAAUAGCUCACUCACAUUUCUGGAUAAUGCGUACAGGAAAAGGUGGCAGACGCUGUUAUCUGUGGACGACAUGGUGGAGAUGCUGGUCAAGAAACUUGAGAGUAUAAAGGAACUGGACAACACCUACAUCUUCUACACCUCCGACAACGGCUACCACACAGGUCAGUUCUCUCUGCCCAUUGAUAAAAGGCAGCUGUAUGAAUUUGACAUCAGGGUCCCGCUCAUGGUCCGGGGUCCUGGCAUCAAACCAAACCAGAAGCUGCAGGCUCCAGUGUUAAACAUUGAUCUGGCUCCCACCAUCCUGGACAUAUCUGGGGUCAACCUGUCUUCUGUGAAUGUGGACGGGCAGUCUUUCCUGUCUCAGAUGGCUCCAUCAUUGCGUAAUGGCACUGCACGUCCCUUUUUCCUUGUUGAAUACACCGGGGAAGGACACCCAACAACAGAUCCUGCUUGUCCCAAACUAGGCCCUGGACUGUCUCAAUGUUUCCCAGACUGCGUGUGUGAAGACGCCUACAACAACACCUACGCCUGCGUCAGGACCCUCAGCGAACAAAACCUACAAUACUGCGAGUUUGCAGACGACGAGUCGUUUGUCGAAGUGUAUAACAUGACGUCGGACCCCCAUCAGCUGGAGAACAUCGUGAAGAAGGUGGACCCAGCCAUCCUGCAGGCGAUGAACCAGCGACUCAUAAAGCUCCAGUCCUGUGAGGGCGACAGCUGCCGUAACUUAAAGUAAAGAGGAGGCAACAAGCUUCAGGAAGCUGGCAAACACGAGUAUUUUAUACUCUGUGGAAGGUGGGGUUGGUUUACCGGACAGUUAGGCAACUUUUACCACAAGUAUGAUAGUUGGAGUGGCCUUUUUUUCAUAACAAUGUUUCCUACUGUGAAAUUUUGACAUGUCUCAGAGGGAAAAGCACAAGUGUAAAUAAAAAAUAAAAAUAAAAAAAUGAAUGAUGGCUGAAUUCUAUUUAGCUGCUUCAGUUUCAGCGUCCUGGUAUUGUGCAUGCUGGCUCACUGUCACUCUGUCAUGGUUGACUGGGACACUUGAAUAGAACAGAGCCAUCGUUAAAGGAAAAGUUCGACAUUUUGGGAAAUUCGCUUUCUUGCUGGGAGUUAGAUGAGAAGAUUGAUACCGCUCCCAUGUCUGUAUGCUAAACAUGAAGGUGCAACCAGGAGACAGUUAGCUUAACGUAGCAUGAAGACAAAAAUCAAAGUGUAAAAUACGCUUAUUCACUGUCUUACUGGGAGUUAGAUGAGAAGAUUGAUACCGCUCUCGUCUGUUGAAUAUGAAGCUACAGCCAGCAGCUGGUUAGGUUAGCUUAGCUUAGCACAAAGACUGAAAACGGGGGGAAACAGCUAGCCUGGCUCUGUGCAACAGUAACAAAGCGUGACUACCAGCACCUCCUAAAGCUCAGUAAUGAACAUGUGACAUCUUGUUUUUUUUUUUUUUUAUCCGUACAAAAAAACCAAAGUGGAAAAGCGACUCUUCGCCGUUUUUACGGGGGUUACGUGCCCGGGCUAUUUCUUGACCGUGACCGGUAACUUCCUGGAGUUUCUGCUGGUUGCUGGGCAACGGGUCCCGACCAAGAAAUAGUCUAGCACGUAACUCCCGUAACACGGCACUGUGUUGUUUUCACACGUUUUUGUACAAACCCACCACCAGAAAGCGAAUAAACUUAUUUCCCAAAAUGUCGUACUUUUCCUUUAAUGCUAUGUUUAAUGUCACCUGUGCCUUUCCUACUAUGACAAGUCAAAAUGUCUACUGUGAAAAAUAGCUAUUUUUUUCUGAGCUGUGCUCAUAUAUAUAUCUCCUACUUUCAAGAGUUUAUUAUAUUUUCUUUUAAGAUAAACUCCUUGCCCAGUUUCUUAUUGUGCAGAUUGGACUUACUGUACCAUUCUGUAACGUGUGUUUGCAUAUAAACUGUGCUAUAAACUUUUGUUCUUUACAGUGUUCAGGGUUUAAAAUGCCAUCUGAACAUUUUACCAAUCACAGAAACACAAAAUGUUGCUAGUAUUUGUCAGAUGUGUAGAUUGAUAGUUUUGUUCUUAAACAAUGAUGCACAGGUAGCUGUCAUUAAUCCAGUCAUCUCUAAAGGAAUAGUUCAACAUUUUGGGGAAAUACGCUUCUUUGCUUUUUUUUGCUGAGCAUCAGAUAAGAAGACUGAUACCACUGUCAUGUCUGUCCGUUCCAUAUAAAGCUAUCACCUGCAGCCUGUUAGCUUAGCACAAAGAAAUAGUGGGAAAGGGGGGGAAACAGCUAGCGUGGCGCUCUUCAAAGGUAACAAAAUCCACCUACCAGCAUCUCUCAACCUCAGUAAUCAACACAUUAAGUCUUGUUUGUUUAAUUCAUACAAAAACUGAAGUGUAAAAACGAUCAUUUGCAAUUUUAAUGAGGCUCACAGUAUGUGCGGGACUGUUUCCUGGGCGGGGCGCUGUUGCUCGGCAAGAAAUAGUCCAGCACUGUUACCUUUUUAGACAGCGCCAGGCUAGAUGUUUCGUUAUGCUAAGCUAAAGCUAAGCUAAGCGACUGCUGGCUCAUACUACAUAUUUACUGUACAGAUGUGAGAGUGGUAUCAGUCUUCUCAUCUAACUCUCAGCGAGAUUUCCCAAAAUGUCAAACUGUUUCUUUAAGGUGAACCUAUAUAGUAUACAGCUCUGUUCUCUUAAGUAGUUUUAUCUCUGCAGCACUUCGAAUGAAACAAGUUAAGACAAAAAGUCCUUCUCGAAUGGACUCCAUUUGUUUGUUUGUCCGAUUAUUGCUCCAAUUUUGUGCCUCAGAUUUAAAGAAUGGACACAGCUUUUUAUAAUUUUAAUCCUGAUGUUUGGUUAUUACAAUAUUUUACACAGAGUAUUAAUGAUAACAUUUGUUAAAAGCCUUUUUUUAAAAGUGGAAGACGGGAAAAAGUCCUGUGAUACUUUUGAGAUGUGUUGACGUUUUGUAAUUGGGAGGACUCCAUAAAGGGAAACGUCACACGGUAACGUUUGAAAUGAACGCUUUAAUCCUGUGUGCCUUGUAUUUGCACUGACAAGGCUCAUGUGCCUUAAAUGUGAAUGUAAUUGUACUGUAAUGAAAUCAAUUAAAAAUAAAUCAAAAGAAGAAUUUC